UCUGUCUGGAUGCCUUUGGAGCUGCUCCUCCCUCCUCUUCCCUCUUGGCUCUGUCUCCCCAGGAUAUGGAAAUGGACUGGGAGCGGGUGCCUUCCCAGGGCCGGGAGCCCAGGCAGGCCUGGGAGGGGGGAUGAAACCUCAGAAGCCAGGCCCUGCCCCUCCACAUGGUGGCCAGGCACCAGGAGUCGGAGGGGGUGUGAAACCUCCGAAGCCAGGAUUCGGGAACGGGGCCCUCCCGGGAGGAGGAGUCCAGCCAGGCUUGGGCGGAGGCCUGAAGCAGCAGCAACCAGGCUACGGAGGGAACGGAAAGCCCCAGAAGCCAGGUCUCGGGGGACUGAAACCUCAGAAGCCAGGCCCUGCAGCUCAAAAUGGCUAUGGACCAGGCGUUGGAGCAGCUAUGAAACCCCAGAAGCCAGGCCCUGCAGCUCAGAAUGGCUAUGGACCAGGCUUUGGAGCAGCUAUGAAACCCCAGAAGCCAGGCCCAGCAACCCAGAACGGAUUUGGAGCAGGCUUUGGGGGAGGCAUGAAGCCCCAGAAGCCAGGAUAUGGUCAUGGAAAUGGACUGGGAGCCCCAGCAGGCCCUGCAGCUCAGAAUGGCUAUGGACCAGGCUUUGGAGCAGCUAUGAAACCCCAGAAGCCAGGCCCAGCAACCCAGAACGGAUUUGGAGCAGGCUUUGGGGGAGGCAUGAAGCCCCAGAAGCCAGGAUAUGGUCAUGGAAAUGGACUGGGAGCCCCAGCAGGCCCUGCAGCUCAGAAUGGCUAUGGACCAGGCUUUGGAGCGGGUAUGAAACCCCAGAAGCCAGGCCCAGCAACCCAGAACGGAUUUGGAGCAGGCUUUGGGGGAGGCAUGAAGCCCCAGAAGCCAGGAUAUGGUCAUGGAAAUGGACUGGGAGCCCCAGCAGGCCCUGCAGCUCUGAAUGGCUAUGGACCAGGCUUUGGAGCAGCUAUGAAACCCCAGAAGCCAGGCCCAGCAACCCAGAACGGAUUUGGAGCAGGCUUUGGGGGAGGCAUGAAGCCCCAGAAGCCAGGAUAUGGUCAUGGAAAUGGACUGGGAGCCCCAGCAGGCCCUGCAGCUCAGAAUGGCUAUGGACCAGGCUUUGGAGCGGCUAUGAAACCCCAGAAGCCAGGCAUUGGUGAGGGCAUGAGGCCUCAGAAGCCAGGCCUAGCAGGGGGCAUGAGCCCUCCAAAGCCAGGAUACACACCAGGAAACGGGCUCCCGCCUGGUCUGGAAGGGGGCGUGAAACCUCAGAAGCCAGGCAAGUGCGAGAGCCCCUAUCUCAGUCCUGUACCUUCUCAUAUGGCUCCUUCCAGGACCCCCGCCCCCAGUACCCCUAACAUCCCUGCUUUUCCUCUCCAGGAUAUGGCAGCAGAAAUGGGCUGGGGGCCCAGGCAGGUCCCUGCAAUGGGCUUCCCACUCCCGGAGGCCCUUCUGACAAAGCAGGGGGCUGGGGCUCCAAAGCCCAGCCCCCCGCCCCAGCGCAGAACGGCAAGUUCCCAGCACCGACGCCAGCCAUCCAGUGGGGACUGAAGCCUCAGAAAGCAGGGUUCCACCCUUCAAAUGGCUACGGACCAGGAGCAGAACUGGGCUUUGGUGAAGGCCUCAAACCUCAGAAAGUUGGUUUUAGUUACGGGAAUGCUGGUCUGGGAGCCGGGGUCUUCGCCAAGGCCCUCCUGCAGCCAGGUGCCUAAGGGUGGGGUUGGGGAGGUUGGAGGGGCUCCCGGCUCAGGGGCUGUUCAUGCCUCUGACUUCUUUCCUCCUCAGGGUUCUCUGGGGCCAAUGGCUUUAGAAACGGGUAUGGUGAGGAAGCGCUGGUGUACCCCAAAGCCGCAGCUCCGGCCUCUGAAGGAAAUGGUCAGACUGAGGCUUUGAGGGGCUCUCCUUGGCCCUCCCUCCAGCCUUGGGGGGCUGC